AUGGCUGUGGCUCCUGCUGCUGCUUUCUUCGUGAACUUCAUAGCCAAGCCUGUGGCCCCACCUUCGGCUGCCCACUCCCUCACUCCUGCCGUGGAGGCCAGGGCUGGGGCUGCGGCCAACCCCUUUCUCAAAGGCUUCAACCCUCUGAAGUUCAUCCUGGUCAGCCUGGGAAACCCAUUGGAGCAUCUCGUAGAGGGCUCCAGGAAGUGUGUGGCUGAGCUGGGCCCUGAGGUCAUGGGGGCCCUGAAGGCUCUGCUGGGGGCCCUGACGUUCUCGGGCCGAGCUGAGGCUGGACUAUCCCAGCCUGGGGACAAGAUGCUGCCAUCUACAGGCUGGGGACUUGCUGCCCAGCCCUGA